GAAAAGCCAAUCCCUUUGCUCCCCCAAAGCUGACAUCCAAUCAGAAGUUGAGGAUCAGGGUUCGGCUUUCUAUCAGCCAAUCGUAAAGCAGGUAAAAAAAAAUAUUGGUAGUUCACAAUCAGGCUGUAAUCAAGCAGUAGAGAGCCGGAGAGCGUGUGGGACUGAGCAUCGCGACCUCGGCUUUAACUGCAGCCUCUACAUCUACUCACUGUUUAACACCAUGGACACGAAGACGAUUCUUAACUUUGGAUCAGGACCGGCGAAACUUCCCAAACCUGUUUUGAUCCAGGCACAGAAGGAGCUGCUGGAUUACAAUGGUCUCGGGAUUAGUAUCCUUGAAAUGAGCCACCGGACAUCAGACUUUAACCAGAUCAUCAACUCUGCUGAAUCUCUGCUUCGUGAGCUUCUGAGUAUACCAGCAAACUACAAGGUUUUGUUUAUGCAGGGAGGUGGAACAGGCCAGUUCAGUGCUGUUGCUCUGAAUCUGAUCGGUCUGAAGGAGGACAGAUGUGCUGACUAUAUCGUAACAGGAACCUGGUCUGCUGGUGCUGCUAAAGAAGCCGAGAAGCACGGCAAAGUGAACGUGGUGCAUCCGAAAAUGGACAGAUACACUGGGAUCCCCGACAGCAGCAGCUGGUCACUGAACCCUUCAGCGUCCUACGUCUACUUCUGCUGCAAUGAAACGGUUCAUGGCAUCGAGUUUAACUUCAUUCCUGACACCAAGGACGUGAUCCUCGUCAGUGACAUGUCCUCAAAUUUCCUCUCACGACCAGUAGAUGUGUCAAAGUUUGGGCUGAUAUUUGCAGGAGCGCAGAAGAAUGUCGGAUGCGCAGGAGUCACUAUCGUGAUCGUGAGAGAGGAUCUGCUGGGAAAAGCUUUGAAGGAAUGUCCGACGAUCCUUGAUUAUAACGUGCAAGCUAAAAAUAAUUCCCUUCACAACACUCCACCGACCUACAGCAUCUACAUUGUGAAACUGGUUCUGGAGUGGAUCAAGAACAAUGGCGGCACAGAUGCCAUGAACAAACUAAGCAAACAGAAAUCCUCGAUGAUCUACGACAUCAUCAAUAACUCCAAUGGAUUUUACUCAUGCCCCAUCGACGUAUCAUGCCGGAGUCGCAUGAACAUCCCGUUCCGCAUCGGAAACAUGGAAGGAGACGAAGCCCUGGAAAGAGAGUUUCUGGAAGGAGCUUCCAAACUCGGCAUGAUCUCGUUAAAAGGACACAGAUCUGUUGGUGGGGUACGAGCUUCUCUGUACAAUGCAGUGACUGUGGAAGAAACUCAAGCUCUCGCCACAUACAUGAAGGAGUUUCUACAUAAGCAUCUGCCUAAUAAAAUGGGUCACUAACCUACGCCUCAGAUUACUGACUAGCCUUAAACACUACUAAUGACUUUUUUGUAGCAACGUGAUAGCUGUGUAUAGAUGUCACUCCUUAUAGAAGAGCAUUCAUGCAGCUAGGGACCAGUUGAUGUCUAAUAGAAUUAAACAAUACAUUAUUCUGUCUUAAAUUAGUCCUUGAAUAGGUUUUUGAUAGUCACACUCCUCUGGUUAGGAACACUAUCUAGUUGAACUGUUUUGUCUAGUCACCUAAUUGUGUUUUUAACAGUUACAGUGUAACUUGAUACUGGGAUUAAGAUGAACCUUGACCUCAUGUGUUUCGAGUAGAUGACAUGUAUGCACUACAGUACAGUCUCAAUGUAUGCAAGCAAAAGAUGGGAAUUAAAAUGAUUAUUUCA